AGCAACUAUUUGCAGGCAUGAGGAAAAAUAACUACUUCCUGAAUAUGCUCAACCCAUCCACGCACAUCUUUCUGCAAAGAAACAUCCUCCACCAUUUCAAUCUUAGGAAGAACACAAAAACCAAACAAAACAUUCUAAAAGUUGCGGGGCCGCAUGCAAAUUUGGUCCUAGACAAAAAUGGAUGCAUCAUAAUGGGCUGUGAGAAAAACCAGCAACAUGCUUGCAGUUUGGAAGCCAGCGUUAUUCAAACUCACCAAUGUUCUCUUGAUGACUCUUUGACAAGCUUACAAACAACUGGAGCAAAUAAAUUCACCUGGACUCAAAAGCCUAAUAACACAGAAAUUACUUUGCUUGCUCAAGUAUUGGACCAAACCAGAGAUCCAGCUGAAUAUGUUGCUUGUGUUGAUGGGCAGGUCCUCACCAGAGGAGACAUGUUCACUCUUGGUUUAUCGCAAGACAUGAAUGGGCAGGUGAGUUUAAAUAUUUUUCAAGCCAUAUCAGUGUUAAAGUUGUUUUUUAUGUUGUUAAAAUAUGACUGCUACAAUUCUUCAAAGAUUCUGAACUCCUGUCUGAAAGUUGUUGAAAGAAUGUGCAUCAACAAGGUAUGUCAAUUUAUGUAACCUACAUUUGUUUCAUGAUAUUUGAGAGGUUGGAAUCGUAUAAAAACUAAAAGAGUAAAUCUCAUAAACGUGGAAAUGAAAAACAAUGUCAGGCAUGGUUUCGGAUGUGAAUUUAACAUAGAUGACAAAAAAGUGUCUCUUUACUUUGAACUUCUUGAUUGUCCCUUUUUUAUUAUUAUUUCUCUAGGGCAUCAAAGUUUUUGCAGGAAACAGUCAUGUAGUCCACACCUGGUUUCCACCUCUUUCCCUUGACCCAGCACAACACCUACCAGUACAUCCUGUUGAUAAAUUUAUGUUCACCUUUGGAGGUCAGAUUCACCACAAUAUAUUAAUUAUUUGAUUUAAUUGGAAGCCGCAGGCACAAGAUCUGGACUGGGUUCUGAUUCCUGUGUGGCAUCCUGGACAUUGGACACUAUGCGUUAGUACAAUACUUAUUUGAUAUUCACCUUCAUAUUUACUGCCUUUCUUGAAAGUAGUCAAAUUCAUUCAUUAAUGUGCAGUAGUGUUCACCAUCAGUGCGACAUAUUAUUUCAGAUUCUGAAGCCUAAACAUAGGGAGAUUUUCUUCCUUGAUUCUAUCAAUGGCACUGGCUUCACUGAUGAAAACCGCAUCAGAACAUUAAGGUUUUAUAGGAAUAAGUUUGAGUGUGGCAUGUGUUCAAUAUGUUGUUCCGUUGUUCCACGGAGGCAAAGGUUCAGCAUUAAUCUUCAUUUUUAUGUAACAGUAAAUAUACAAAUUGAAUUUGUGAAUAACAUUUUAAUGUCUGAAAUUUGAUAAGACACACAUUUUGUAAGCAGUUUCUUGUUUCUUUUUAACAAAGACAUGGGUUAAAGCUGGACCAUCAAGAGACCGUUCUGUCUCACAUCUGUCUUGCAUUUUCAUACAUCUUUAUAAUUUUUAUGUUGUGAAAUAUACCCUUGCUAAUUUUUAACUUCUCUUAUGAUUUGCAUCAUCAGAGAAGUCUGUCUUCAGAUGUCAUCUGGUCCAUGGACAGAAUUUGUUGGCAACGAUGUUGAGGGAUUGCCGAAACAAGGACUGUCCAACAACUGUGGAAUGUUUGUAGUGAUGUAUGCACUGUACUUUGUGAUGGGAGCAUCAUUUGAUUUCAGCGAGAAUGAUAUGAUGACAAUACGAAGAUGGUGGUCUCUCACUCUCUUGACAAACUUCCCUGUGAAGUCCAGAGAAGAACUGCAAAAGGAGAGAAAGCGGAAAAAAGUUGAGGAAAGGGAAAAAUGUGAGACUCUGUUUGCUGAUGACCACAACUAUGCCAAAGCAACCGAGGCACAAAUUGAGGUACAAAGUAUACCGCCAAUCUUACAGAUGCCUUUGAUUGUCCUGGAAGCUAUUCUCCAGGAGGUAAUACUGGCACAGGGAGACACAGCUUACCUCACGUUGGCAUUGACAUGCAAGUCCUUUGAAGCCAUUGUGUCUGACCCAGUGUUCAGGAAGAAGACUCACUUUGCUUGGUUGGAUGGUGAGAUCAACUGGGAAAAUUUUUCUGAAUCAUUCAAGGCAGAAAACAGGAUUCCUUUUGCGGUUAUCCAAUGUUCUUCCUGUAACCGGCAGUAUAAAGACUCUGUGGGCUUCACCGGGCAUGGAAGACGAGGAGAGUUCCCUCGUUACUAUUGUGAUGGCAUACCUGGACACUGCCCUGAAUGCCAGUACUAAAUGCAAGGAAGAUAUUAGUUUUUUUUCUUUUUUUUUUAUGAUGAAGCACAUUUGCCUUUUUUCUUGUUCAGUCAUUUGUUUUUG